UUGAGCACGGGUUUUUCGCGCCGCGCGCAGCCAAACUCCGGCAUACUAUACGUGAGUAAUCCGCCCGUAUUUGGGAGGCCAGAGCCAUGCUGCAGCGGUGCCGCCACUUUUCGCGACUCAUGCCGCGUGGCCGCCGCGACCUCUCGCGCCUCGCACUCGCGCGCACGCCGCCCUUCGCGCUCGAGCGCUAUUUCGCCGAGCACGAGUUCUCGUGCAAGAUCUCGGCGUGCAGCAGCGACACCGAAGCCAUUUCAUUGAACGACGUCCUCGCGCUCAUGGACGCCGAGACGCGGCGCCUCUGGGACGAGCAGAGCCUGGGCUAUACGGAAGUCAAGGGCCAUCCCGCGAUGCUCGCGCUCCUCGCGGAGGCGUACGGCCUGGAGCCACACUGCUUCCAGGAGGUCGCCCCGCAGGAGGGCAUCUUGCUGGCGUACGCGGCGCUGCUGGAGCCGGGCGACGGCGUCGUCUGCACGGCGCCGGGCUACCAGUCGUUCCACACGUGCGCCGAGCAGGCCGGCGGCGCGGUGACCUUCUGGCAAUGUCGCGUGGACGAGAGCGGCGCGCGCUUCGACGUCGACGACCUUGUGAAGGCGUGCGACGCGACGCCGAACCUCAAGGUUGUAAGUGUGAACUUCCCGCACAAUCCGACCGGUGCAUUGCCGUCUACGGAGGAGUGGGAACGCAUCGUCGCCAUUUGCGAGGCACGCGGCGCGUACCUUUUCGCCGACGAGAUCUACCGGGGCCUCGGCCCGAGGACGCUCGAGAGCGCGGCGACGGCCUACGACAAGGGUAUCAGCCUCGGCGGGCUGUCGAAGAGCAUGGGCAUGCCCGGCGUGCGGAUCGGGUGGCUCGCGACGCGGGACGUCCGCUUUCUGCGACGCGUCGCCGAGCUCCGGGACUACACGACGAUCUGCUCGUCGGCGCCCUCCCAAAUCUUGGCGGUGGCGGCGUUGCAAAAUCGGGACCACUUGUGGCAGAGGGCGAACGCCUACGUCGACGCCGGCCGGCGCGCCGUCGAAGCGGUGCUGGCGCGGCACGAAGACGUGCUCUCCUGGGGCCCGGCCGCCGGUCCCAUAGGCUGGGUGCGGCUCCGCCGCGGCUCGGCGAGUCAAUACGCGGAGGCGCUCGUGCGGUCGGACGACGGCAUCAUGCUGCUGCCCUCCACGGUCUUCGGCGCGGGCGACGGCCACGUGCGCGUCGGCUUUGGCCGGGACGCGUCGCCCGCCUAUAUGGCGGCCUGGGCCGCGACGCUGGACAAUGCGACCCAUCCGGCGACGCGGCUGCUCCGCGAGGGGUGAGGCGCGACUGUUAUGUCUAUAAGUAUUGUUACAAAGAUC